AUGGUGGAAAAGGAAGAUGACUGGUCCUCCGACUCUAAUCAUGCCCUCCAAAUCUCCCUCGUCAUCCCAGACGUCGGCGCCGCCAAACACAUCCACACCUUUCACCCCAAAAUGAGCUACUCCGUCUUUGGUGAUGACGAGCGCAUCUUCGGAUACAAAGGCCUCAAGAUCCAUCUACGCUACAACUCCAGCGAUAUGCGACCCAACGUGCUGGUUUCGUACGAGAAGAAGUUCAAGGCGGUGGGGGACACCGAGGCCACCGAUGUGAAGGAGCUGCUGGAGCCAUACCUGCCGAAGCUGGCUUGGGAGAAGGCAAGCUUGUUCGAAAAGCAGAUUGUUUGUCCUGCCGAAAACGACUGGACACCCCCGGGUGAGCUGAUCAAGACAUUUACGCAGGGCAACAAGACGCUGGAGAUUUGGAGGGGUGAUCUGUCUGAUGCGGCGGUAAGGCAAAUGGUCAAGCGGAUUCAGAUCUUGAUCCCACUAUUUAUCGAAGGGGGAUCGGUGAUCGAUCUAGAGGAUUCAGACUGGUCCUUGCAGAGAUGGACAGUAUUCUUCCUCUACCAGAAGGCCCAGACGAAGGUCCCGGGCCAAAGUCCGUACACGUUCAUGGGAUACUCGACAGUUUAUCGAUUUUACUAUUUCAAACCCGAAAAGCCUGCGAAGGAUAAGACAGUCGACUUUCAUCUUCCCCUAAACAGCAUCUCUUUCGCUUCUCUGCCUUGCCGGUCGCGGAUAUCACAAUUCAUCAUUCUGCCACCAUUCCAAGGGGGAGGCAACGGAUCCCGAUUCUACAACUCUAUAUUCGACUACUUCCUGGCCGAGCCGGAGACAGUGGAGAUUACAGUUGAAGACCCGAACUACGCCUUUGAUGAUAUGCGCGAUCUCAACGACCUUGCUCGCCUUCGAGAGCUCCCCGAAUUCGAAGCCAUCAAAAUCAACACUGAAGUCGUACCAGACCCUAAAGGAAACAUACCAAACAACAUCGUCGACGAGGCCGCCCUCGAGGAGAUCCGCAAAAGCGUCAAGAUUGCACCCCGCCAAUUCCUUCGUGUCGUCGAGAUGCACCUCCUCUCCCGAAUCCCCACGAGCGUCCGUCGCUCGACCCUCGAUGCGGGUAGUGAGAAGAAAAUCCCUGCCGUCGACGAGCCGUGGGUUCAGGAUUACAAUCUGUGGCUGCUGUGGUUGACGAAGCGGUUAUGGAAGCACAACCGGGACUCGUUCGUACAGAUGGAGAAGGAACAGAGGCUGGAGGCACUGGAUGGGGUGGUGUGUUCGGUUCUGGGGGAUUACGCGCGGCUGUUGGAGUUGUAUGAGGCGAGGGCCGAGAAGACGGGUGAUGCUAGCAUCAAGGCGGCCGAUGAAGUCGGCAUGAAGCCUGGUAUGAGUGGGAAUGAACAGGCGUCGAAUUUUCUUGCGGCGAAUGCACAGUCGUAUGGAAAGAGGGCGAAUCCGAGUGAUGAGGGCGAAAGCUCAUCGAAGAAGGUCAAGGCUAUGGACGCGUAG